AUGCUGUUCUCGCUGCGGGAGCUGGUGCAGUGGUUGGGCUUCGCCACCUUCGAGCUGUUCCUGCAGGGCCUGGCGCUCCUGGCCUUCUCCGUGCUGCUCGUCCUGAAGGUGGACGGCCAGGCCGCGCUGUCCUGGUGGCUGGUCUUUGUGCCCUUCUUCGCCGCCGACGGGCUCAGCACCUACUUCACCACCAUCGUCUCCGUGCGGCUCUUCCAGGACGGGGAGAAGCGGCUGGCGGUGCUGCGGCUCUUCUGGAUCCUCACCAUCCUCAGCCUCAAGUUUGUCUUCGAGAUGCUGCUGUGCCAGAAGCUGGUGGAGCAGAGCCGGGAGCUCUGGUACGGGCUCAUCAUGUCGCCCGUCUUCAUCCUCCUGCAGCUGCUCAUGAUCCGGGCCUGCCGGGUGAACUGAGGCAGCGGGGUCCCCGUCGUGCCCUGCCGUGCCCUGGACUCAUAGUGACACUCAUCGGGUUUUCCCACCUUUGUUUCUGUACGGAGCGGCGGGUCACGCAGGUCCGGUUCUGCGAGAGGAAGGCUCUGUCAUUAAGGACACUGCUGUGUUUUAUGGCAUCGUAUUUCUUCAGAAGAUCCUUUUGUGCCGCAUCCUUAUUUCAGCUCACUCAGAGCUCUUGGUGUUUGUUUUAAAGUAUCCUGCCCUGCAAAGCGCUGUUUGAUGUGCCGGUUGUUUUAUUUUAAAAUAAAAAUACAUGGAAGGAUUA